UGCUGUGCGUCUUACUGACUCUGCAGGGAGCAGGAACCCAGAACUCUGGGGGCUGUGCCCGGUGGUGCCCUGCCAGUUCCACAUGCGUCAACGCCACCGCCUGUCGCUGCAACCCGGGCUUCAUUUCUUCGUCUGAGGAGAUUUUCAUGAGCCCCACAGAAACCUGUGACGACAUCGAUGAGUGUGUGCCACCCUCAAAUGUGUCCUGCGGGAAAUUCGCAGACUGUAGGAACACGGAUGGGAGCUACUACUGCACGUGUAGCCCAGGAUACGGGCUCGUUUCUGGGGCAACAAGUUUCAGGAACGAGAGUGAGAACACGUGUGAAGACGUGGACGAAUGUCAGCAGAACCCCAGACUCUGCAGGAGCCACGGCACCUGCGUCAACACCCCGGGCAGCUACACCUGCCUGUGCCAGCCCGGCUUUGUGUUCAGGCCAGAGGACCCGAGGCUCUGCGCAGACGUGAAUGAAUGCACCUCCGGACACAACCCAUGCCACAACUCCACCCACUGCCUCAACAAUAUGG